AUGUUAAUUGGAGAUCCCCCUGAAAGACCUCCCUUUUGGAAAAGCUUCUUUGGUCUUGGUGGUGGGACUUUUGAUUCAAACAAAGAUGUUGCUGAUAAAGCCAAAGAAAAAGAACUUCCAAAACAAGAAAAUGAACAAAAAGAAUCUGAAGAGUUAAAUGACUCGGAGCCUAAGAAACUACAUCUAGCUGAAUAUGCUUAUCCUCCUGAAUAUUUAAAAAUGCUUCUUAGUUUCUCAAAUAUACAACUCGCUGAUCCAAAAUAUCAAUGGGUUUCCAUACUAUACGAUAAAGUGCAUAAGCGUUUUCAUGUCUUCUUGCAAGGAAACGUACAAUUUAUUAAAUUAAGUCGUCAACUAGCUUAUACUCUUGGUUUCGAUUCUGAGAAGGUUCAUAGUGGACAAGUCGCAAAUUUAUGCACCAAAACUUGUUGA